GUUAUUAUGAUUAAUAUUAUAAGCGGCACAAUUAUUUGUAAACAACUUUACAAGACUUGUUUUGAUUUUGACACUUCCUCAAAUACUGGCAGAAAUAUUUGGACCAAGUAACAAAGUCAGAGAUAAGUCUGUAGAAUGGCACUUCAUGAAUUUUUUUCAAGUUGCAAAACUGGAGAUUUUCAAAAAGUGAAGUUUCUGGUGGAAGAACGAGAAGUGGAAGUCAACUGUCGAGAUAAGUGGGACAGUACUCCUUUAUAUUAUGCAUGUCUGUGUGGCCAUAAAGAUGUUGUACAGUUUCUCCUGGAACAUGGAGCCAAAUGUGAGGCGAAUACGUUUGAUGGGGAACGUUGUCUGUAUGGUGCGCUGACCGACGAAAUCAAGAAAAUGCUCAAGAGCUUCUGCGUCAUCUCAUCAAGAACACUGAGGAGAAGUCUAUAUGAGGAAUUUCUACGAAAAAUGCUACAGAGUGCAGACGAUGCCGAUGUGACGUUCUCAGUCCACGGAGAGAGGUUCCCCGUCCACCGGUGUGUUCUGUGUGCACGCAGUACGUACUUCACCGAGCUGUUCAAAACACGAUGGAAGGACCGCAGUGAUAUAGACUUGAAACACGAACUGAUUUAUCCCUGGGCCUUUCAAGCUGUAUUACAGUAUCUAUACACUGGUCAUCUAGAGUGUCAUGUGGACAUGAUAGAUGAUUGUAUUCGAGUUGCCAAACAGUGCCAGCUGCUCACCUUGAUGAAUCAAAUAGAAGAAAAACUCAAAAAGAAGUUCUCGUUAGAAUCUCAAAAGCCUGGUGUUAGCAUUACGACAUUAAUGAUUGAGCCAGAAGAGAAUCUGUUUGAUCUACAGAUGGAUCUUGGUCAGCUGGCUGACUUGGCCUUGCCGUCUGAACUCAACACAUGGGUCAGCGGAGAACUGCCAUUUGAGCCAGAAAACAACCCUUUAUUUCCUGAUCUCUACUUCUCUGUGCAUGGCCAUGUCUUCAUGUGUCAUCAGGUAUUUUUCUGUGGGAGGAGCGAUUACUUCAAAGUUCUCCUAAACGAUCAUUUCGGCGAGACGACCGUGUAUGGUAAUAUUCCGGUGAUCAAGCUUCACGAUGUGUCUCCGAGCAUCUUCAUCCGAAUCCUCUACUAUGUCUAUCAGGACAGCUGCGAACUCACAACAGAUAACGUGUAUGAUGUUCUCUGUGCCGCUGAUUUGUACCUCCUGCCAGGACUGAAGAGACUGUGCGCCAACUACAUGACCAAGUUUCUUGAUGCUGAAAAUGUUGUUUCAAUCCUCAGAACGUCCAGGUUAUUCACACUGCCCCGGCUAGAGUCGCAGUGUGCAGAGUACAUAGCUAACAACUUGGAGAAGGUUAUUGAACAAGAAGAAUUUGCAGACCUUGUUCGUGAGGAUGCCUCCAAUCUGAAAGAGCGAGAAGAAGCGGACACAAUCGACAUCAUUGAUGAAGUCCGCUUCUACAUCACGAACUUCAUACAGACGUUCAGUGACAUGGAGGAGGCCAAUGACCGGUUGAAGGUCAUUGAUGACUUACUGGAAGAACUUGACUUAGAAGGAUAAAGUCAGGAUCAUUGAUGACUUACUGGAAGAACUUGACUUUGAACGAUAAAGUCAAGGCCAUUAACGACCUGAAAGAACUUAACUUUUAAUAAUGAAUUCAGUGUCAUUAAUAACCCACUGUAAAAAAAAAUUUGACAUUGAUAAUGUACAGGAAGAACAUGACCUUCAAAGGUUAAGUCAAGGUCAUUAGUGAUUUUGCUUGAAGAACUUGACUUUCAUGGAUAAAUUAAUCAAAAUCGUU